CGUGACAGUCUCCGCCUCCCACCGACUAUCACCGGGAAACUCGACGCUGUUCACUGUUUUGACACGGGAAAAAUCGUUCAAACGGUGUUUAUUUGUAGAUUUUAAUUAGUCCAAAAAUUUAUCUGAACAAAACAAUUGGAUUGUCAAACUCAUCUGAGAGAUGAGUUCUCCAGUGUCCAUAAGUAACACUGGCCCCACGGCUGGUGCUACUGGAAUGGAAACAGUAGUAGCUGUUGCGCUUGGCGCACUUGCUGCUGUCUUCCUCGGCGCACUCUUAGUAUUACUUGUUAUAUGCAAAAGACAAAGAUGUUACUACAAUCAAAAAGACUCUCCAGACUUAAGCUCAGACUUGUUAGAGGGAGAGAAUUUCUCUGGUUUAGGCUUAGAUGCUUGGGAAAGUGAGGAGUGGUUAGCUGGUGCAGAGAGAUGGGUUGAUGAUGCUACUGGUUUAGCUCCACUCUGUAUUGCUGUAUUAAGAUCUUGCCAUGCUUUGGCCUCCAGUCUCACCGCUAUUGCAGGCACAGUGAACAGUAACACUGUUCCAUUAGAGAUAGUGGAUGUUGCUAGACGUAUUCCACCUCGUGUUGAUGACGUGGUCAGAAGUUUGUAUCCACCAUUAGAUGCCAGACUAUUAGAAGCAAGAGUAGCAGCAUUGGUAUUAGCCGUUACACACUUAGCAUUGGUCACUAAGCACGGAGUGUCCAAGAGUCAUGCUAGGAAGUUGGCAUUCAUUGAUCAAGCUUUAAGUGAUAUGGAUUCACAUUUAUCAAUCUUGAGAAAUGCUGCAUUGGCACAGGAAGUAGCUUGCUCCAUCCCAGCCUCGACACCAGUCUGACUUUCAGAUUGUCUCCUGAUUCAUAGAAAUUUUCACAAUUUCUAUGUUUCUCAUGGUUUUGGGUUUUUACACUAGGCUUUAUUAAGCUCUAUGUGAAAUUGAAGGUACACACAUAGUAUUAUGAAAUAUUUCAUAUUAUGUAUUUCUUUUCUUCUUUUUUUUUUUUUUUAUUAUGUCAAGGUCCAAAACCCAGUAGUGCAAUUUCGAGUUUUCUACUGACAAUGUUCAGUGUAUUACAUUUCAUGUAAUCAUAGUGUUACAAAAAUGCAUACAUUACUUUCGUGACGUAUUAAAAAAUAUCGUAAGAUAUAUAUGUAUAUAGAUUUAAACAUCUUUCACAAUCAAAGAACACCAGAGAUAUACUUCUUGUGAUAUGGAUAUCCGUGAGAUUUUAGUCUUCCAUGAUGUUAAUAACUUAUGUAUAUGAAAGAUGAAAAAUUCUAUCUCGAAAGAAAUCGUGUCGUUUUAUCGAUUAUACUAAGUAUUUAUAAUUGUUUGUUUGUACACAUCCAUAUAUUUUUUUAUAUCUAUCAAGAAUCAAAUUAAUUUAUAGUUAAAUAUGACUUUAUAAUAAAGUUAAAUCGUAAGAGAAGAAUUCGAGUAUUUGUUGCGUGUUUGUAAUACUUAAACGUGUUUUAUUUCUUCUGUAGUUUCUGUAAUAAUCUAUACAUAUAUAUAUAUGUAUAUAUAUGUGUGUACGUAUAUAUGUAUACAUAUAUACCUGUAUAUACGUAUAUCCAAUUUAUAAUUUUUCGUAGUACAUUAAUAACAUCGGAUCUCUAAGUUAGUAGUAUGAUAAAUUCUAUCGUGAACAGAUCUCGGUAGCUGUCACAAAGUAGUUCGCUGUUUAUUGUUUAAAUAAAUUAACUAAAAAUAUCUUCAAUUAUUGAUAAACGCUACAUAGCAGCGCAAAGUCAGCAACAGACAUGAAGAAAUGUCCGAGAAACCGAAAGGUUUAAGAAAGAGAGAAAAAGUAUACUUGAAAAGAAAAAUUGGGCAGAGCAGGUCAUUUGAAUUAUUUGUUUCUGUGCAUUUCCUUUUGUCUCUUUUGGUUGUCACUAAGCACUUUGGUCUUCAGAUGUUCCUUGUAGUCCAAUAUAUUUCCACUCCAUUUUGUGACUGUACCAUUUUCACAAACCCAAAUUUCUUCAGCAACCUAAUAAAAUAGAAAGACAUUAUACAAUCGAAUGAUCAACGGAUUAUUACAUAUUGUAACAAAGUCAAUAUAUACCUGAUUAAUCAGUCUGAAAUCGUGAGACACGAGCACCAUUCCACCAUCAAAAUCAUUAAUUGCAUCAGCCAAUGCGUCAAUUGUUUCCAUAUCUAAGUGAUUGGUCGGUUCAUCAAGCAGUAAUAGAUGAGGCACUUGCCAAGCUAACCAUGCAAAGACUACUCUACAACGUUGACCAUCGGACAAUUGUCUUAUUGGGCAUACCUGUGUACAAUAAAAAAAAUUAUUUUCUAAAAUCUAAUAUCUAUGUAUCUUUAAACUUUUAAAAAUAUAAUUAUACCUGUUGACGACCAGUUAA